AUGGCAUGGGAAAUGGAAUUAGAUGAAAAUAUUUUAGAAGAUCUUUACGUGUGGAUUGACAGUAUGCCACUAUCGAAAAGUAAAAAACGGAUUGAGAGAGAUUUUUCGGAUGGUGUACUUGUCGCUGAAGUUGUUCGUUACUAUCUCCCCGAGUUGAUUGAAAUGCAUAAUUACACAACAGCAAACAGUAUUCAACAAAAACGAACUAACUGGGGAAUAUUAAAUAAAAAAGUUUUAAAUUCAUUUGGCCUUGAUUUACCGGAUACAAUUAUCACAGGUCUUUGUAAUGGAAAACCUGGUCUCGUCGAAGUUUUACUCUAUAAUCUACGGUUAAAAAUUGAUGAAGAAUUAGAAUUGCAACAAAAAUCUCAGCAACAUCAACAGACUACUCCACGUGGUAGUCGAAUGUCAUUUGGUAUCUCUGAUUCUGGUGGACGGUCAACUAAAUUAACAACAACUGCACUGAAUUCAGUUCAUAUGCCGAAAGGCUCAACAACAAUAAAAAACGGUCGUGCUAUGAGAAGUACAUCAGUGCCGCGAAUUGAAUAUGAAGAAGCAAAACAACUUAACCUAAAGCAACAAGAAGAAUUAGAAGUCUUGCAUGCGAAAGUACGACGGUUGGAGCAUGUACUACAAUUGAAAGAUGUACGAAUUCAAGAAUUAUUACAAGCGACAAAAGAAGUAAAACCGACACAUGUUAUGAAAAAGAAGUUUUAA